AUGAAGAUUGCACUACUCCAGUUCGCCCCGGAGGUGGGCAAGGUGCAGGAGAAUAUCCGAAGGGCAGAUGAGCUCCUACAGAAGACCAGCAUUCCUGUGGACCUGGAUUGGCUUGUUCUACCCGAGAUGGCAUUUUCUGGCUACAACUUCCAUUCACUCGAAGAAAUCCAGCCCUACCUCGAGCCCACCACCUCCGGUAUAACCACACAAUGGGCCAUUCAAGUAGCUAUGCACUACCGCUGUCAUGUCACGGUCGGUUAUCCGGAACUCACCACCACCGACCCGAAAACGCAAUACAACAGCACCGUAACCAUCUCCCCCGCCGGCGCCAUCCUUAUCAACUACCGCAAAUCCUUCCUCUACUAUACAGACGAGACUUGGGCGUCCGAAGGCCCCCAACGCUUCUACGCCGGCCCCCUUGGCUCGCUCGGUCCCGUAACUCUUGGAAUCUGCAUGGACAUCAAUCCCUACCAAUUCCUCGCGCCCUGGACCGACUACGAAUUCGCCAACACGGCGCUGGCUCACCAAACGCCCUUGAUCUGCGUAUCUAUGGCAUGGCUAUGUCACCUGAGUCCUGAGGAACUGAUGGUGGAGCCAGGGCAGGCGGACGUAGCCACGGUAGCGUACUGGGUUGAGAGAUUUCAGCCGCUGGUGGAGGGGUCAAGAGAGAAAGAGGGCACUACGUUUGUGGUGCUGGCGAAUCGGUGUGGGGUUGAGAAGGGGGUGUGCUAUGCGGGGAGUAGUACGGUGAUCAAGAUCGAGAAGGGCGCGGUGAGCUUGUUUGAGACUGCAGGAAAAAGUGAGGAGAAGUGUUUGGUGGUGGAUUUGAGCGAGAGGCCCAAAUUCCAAGUGAGGAGUGGAAGAUAG